AUGGUUCCUAGCACCAACCCAGUAGAAGGAGGCAGUUUCGGCCCGCUGGCCGUGGAGGUGAGUCAGAACAUUCUCCGCGCCUCCAACUUGGGAGACCAAGCCUCAAAGGAGCUGUUGGCUUUCUCCCCAACGUGGUCCUUGCCAAAGAAACACCAGCCAGUGGUUGUGUCAGUCGGUGCUCUCACCGUUGGCCUUGUGCGACAGUGUCAAACCAUUCAUGGACGUGACAGGACCUGCAUUCCUCCACGGCUGCCCCCGGAGUGGAUCACGACUUUAUUUUUUAUCAUCAUGGGAAUCAUUUCACUGACUGUCACCUGUGGCUUGCUGGUGGCUUCUCACUGGCGAAGGGAAGCGACGAAAUACGCACGCUGGAUAGCUUUCACUGGAAUGAUCCUUUUUUGUAUGGCAGCCUUAAUAUUCCCCAUAGGAUUUUACAUCAAUGAAGUGGGAGGUCAGCCCUAUAAGCUUCCGAAUAACACCGUGGUGGGCUCAUCUUACGUACUCUUUGUUUUAUCAAUUUUCUUUACGAUAGUGGGACUUCUGUUUGCUGGCAAAGUGUGCUUACCGGGCUGA